AUGGCCAACAAUCUGUUAUCUUUGCUAUUUGUUGCUGUUAAAGUGGCUGCCAUCGUUGUUAUUUGUGGUUUGCUCCAUUCGGAGUAUAGGAGCACUUAUCGUUGGCAUGAAUUUACUGGAAACUCAAGGCCUGAGGUUGUCCGUCGGGCACCAGCGCCAAAUCCAAAUCAAUUUGUUGGUCCAACAAAUGAGCCACCAUUGCCACGUCGGAAAAAAUGUCCAGAAUUAGCAUAUAAAUCGCAUGAAUUUAUAAUAGGAACGGAAUACACAGAUGUGAAUCGCGCAAACCGUUCAGCGAGGUCUGAGGAACGUGGCACUCCAUCACGUCGUAGUAAAUCGGAGGGACCACCAGUUGUACCAAAUGGUCGGGCUUAUGCUAUACCAACGGAGGUCGAUGGACCAGCAACUAAACAGGCGGGUGAGUCAAAUGGCUUAUUCAAAAAGACAAUCUCAAAAUUGAGCACAGAAUAUCGUUUGCAAUUCGUUUGGCCAAAUGUCCGUAGAAUAAAGGACAAAGAGUCAAACGAUGCAGCGGAUCACCCGAAAAAAUCAAUAUCAAUGGGUGCUAUCAGAUCAAAUCAACAAAAAUAUCAGCAACAACAAACAAUGGCAGCGAUGCCAACGGUUCAUAAAAAACGUACAACAAAUCAAAAAGAAGCUACACUACAUGAGUUGGAGCCACUGGUUAGCGAUGCUGAAGAUAGAAAACCCGUUGAAAAACAAGUGACUAUAGUGGAGAAGAAAAUAGCAGCGCGUCCUUUUUCUCAAACUUUCGAUCAGGAGCGUAUCAAUCACUUUAUAACCAAGAAAGAAAACUUUGGCUUUGAGAUGGCCAAAGAUCAGGAUGUAGUGGAUAAUAAGCAGCAAAGUGCUAUUAUUAUGAAUGGCUCAGCGCCACCACACUCACAACCCAACUUAGAUUUGUGGUUCAAAGAAGUGGUGGAGCUGAGAAAGAAAGCAGGUGAAUAUAAGUGUCGCGGUUGGGGCAUAGAAAUCGAUCCAGAUCUAUUUAAAAAACAAAAAGAUCUCUGGGAUCAGGUUUCAAAACGUAGUUCGCUUUCAGCCUUAUCUUUAGCUUCUUCUGUGCAUAGACCUAUUACUAAAGAGGAGAAAGAACAAGAGAACAAUAAAAAAUCUAUACCAUUAAGCAAAACACAAAAACCCCGAGUUCCUGGACAAGCAUAUUUGAUUGAUAAUAAAGAUGAAAUUUCUGCACUGCCAGCACGUUUUAGCAAUAUUCGUCAUCACUUGGAACGCACCACUGGACCUGAUGUUGAAGAGGGCGCACUUUUGCCAUCGCCUACUCGUGAAAAACUCAUGCCAGCUAUAACCAAACGUGAGUCAGAAUCACAACGCGGUAGUCCUAAAAAAACUGCCGCAUCGCGUCAUGGUUCACCACAAAAAGGUAGUCCACAAAAGGGCAGUCCAAAAAAGGUGAUCAAAACACGCUCACAAUCGGUCGGUCCUGCCGUAAUUGAAAAUGUAUCUCCAAAACGUCAGAUACGUUCAGCAAGCACAGCUCCAGCUACUAAGGGAAUUGGUAAAAAGGCAACGAUAGCGCCAACAGCGCCAACAACAACAACAACCUCAGCGACCACAGGAAUUACUAUAACAAGUGCUGAGCGUAAGCCUCGUCCAUCAACCCUAUCCACUACAUUCCAUUCCCGUACGAAAAGUAGUUCCUUACCUCCUAGCGGUAGAGCUCAUAUAAGUACAGUUCCUGCUACAAAUCAACUUCAUCCAAAUCAAUCACAAUCAUCACAAACAAAUGAAAUCUGUAGAAAAUCGCCGCAACCGUUAUACAUGCGUAAAAAAGAUAAAGAUAAAUCGAAUUUGUUAAGUAGUAUUAGUGGUAGUGGUAGUAGCAGCUUAAAUAAGUUAACAAAACCACGACCAAAAACUACUAUUGGCAGCGCAGCAACCACAACUGCAACUGCAACAACAAAUAUUGGUAAUGGUGGUGGUGGUGAGACUGGUAGUACACCAUUGGUAGAUGGUGACCCAGAGAUGACUAUUAAGCGUUUAGCAGUUCCAGGUCAGGAUAAUAAAUUGGCUGAAAAUGACGCUGAAGAUGGGCGUGAAACAGCUAUUUCCGUCUCCAGCUGCAGUCCACAUCCUGCAGCUGAGUUGCACGAUGAACCAAUUGUUAAGUCACCACCAGAGCCUACACGUGUUAAAUCGCCCGAACAAAUAAUAAUGCGCUCUCCAGACCCAGUUAACUGGACUGUGCCAUUGGAUACAGGGAAAACAUUUACCGUUACACAAAAUGUCAAAGAGGGUGAAAACUAUAGCCGACCACAAAGUGAAAUAAAAGCUUCGACACCAGUUGAAAAGCCACCACCACCACCACAGUCGGCGCCACCAGAAUUAACCGAACAGGUUAAAAUGGAUGCCUGGAAAAAUGCCGAUCUAACUGAUCCGAAAUCGUCGUUGAGCAGCUCUAGUCCAACUUCUGCCAUUGGCAAAGUAAUUACAACAAAGCAGCCAACUGCCGGCGCUGGUGGUUUGCCGCCACCACCACCACCGCCUACAACAACUGCAACAACAACAAUUAUUGAAAACCCAGUACAAGGUUCAAAAUUACGUUGUCUCGAUGAUCCAAUAUUUGAUGUGGAUGCUAAUGUUGGUAUCGGUACCGUUGGUGCUGGUAUCACUACAUUGCCAUCCUCAUCGAAUCCGAAUCCGAAUACGAAUCCAAGCAAUACAACAACGACUGCUCGCAGCACUGCUAGCGAUGUUUUGGAAAAGGCUCGUGACCGUUUCGAUCGCUUUUGGGGUGGUAACAAAGAGGAUAAAGUUUAAGCAAUUAAUAUUUGAAAUUUUUAUACUAAUCUUACAGGUAUUUAGUCGAAAUCAUUAUAAAUACGAUUACCAAGAUUACGCCUACUAAUUGACACUAAACACUAGAAACACUUAUCGAACACCAAAACUCAAGAAAUGCAAACACAAAACCACAGUUCAAGCAAAUAUAAUACUGAAAAAUGUAAGCAAUGAUUACAGCCAUUAUUAAUUAAUUAUUAAUUAAAACAGUAAGUAAUUAAGUUUUAAACUCAAAACUCUUUACUAAAUACUAAGAAACAGUAAAUUAAAUAUAAAUUCUAAGAUAUAAUUCAAAUAAAUGAAAUACAUAUAACUGAAGACGCGAUAGCGCUACUAAUAAACAGGGUAGCCGCAACUAAAAUUAAAUUCUAAUAAUUUGUUUAAAUAAAUAAUCAUAAAUAAUUAAUUUAUAAUAACAAUUAAAUCAAUUUAAAUGAUUAUAUUCUUUUUCAAUAAAAUUUAGUAUAGAUAGAAAAGCAUGGGCUAUCGUUUAGGAUCUCAGGGCAGUUUAGAAAAUACUUCAUUAAGCUUCAUUAAUAAAAAUUUAAUUUCUCACAGAAAAUGUUUCAGGUUAUAUUAAAAGUUUAUAUAAAACAAUAAAUUAUUUACUUUUGUUACUGAGUACAAAUUUACCAUAAAUCACUACAGUAGAAUAUUAUUCUUUUUUCUAUUUAUCGAAGCACUUAUUAUAGCUUGGUUGCAUCAUUCGGCGGAUGAAGGUUUUAUAUUAAACCAUAUGUACUAUAUAAUGUUGGUUUGUACAAGUGUACAUAAAUGCAAGAAAUCGUUCACUUUUCUGGCUUUAUUAUUUUAAUUCAAUGCAAAUAUUGCACAGUCUAGUAUGGAUUGGACCCAAUGAGUGCAGUGAUAUGCAACUUAAAAAGAAACAUUUUUAAAAUGUUGAUGAGUAAAUAAAUAAAUUUUAUUAUAAGUGGAUGGUGUAGAAAUCUAACAAAAUAUGGUUCAACAUAAAAUUAUGUGUUAGAAAUAAAUUAAAAAUUGUAUUCAGUUUACU